UUUUCACUGCACAAGCAACGAUUAGCCAGCAUCAAGGGAUACGAGAAUAAACAGAUUUCCAGUGUGGUGGCCAAAGUCGAGAGAAUGAGAUCCGAUUCCAUUAACAGACGUAAGUAGGUAGAACAAUAACAGCUCGGAGAAGAAAAUCAACGCAUAAAAAUUAAGUUGAUGGAAAUAGCAAAUGAAAAGAAGGCAUUAUCUUAACAGGUCAAAUUAUGCUAAGCCAAAAAGAAGUUAUAACAAUUAAUUAGACAUUAGUAGAAUAUGAUGGAGAAUCUCAUUUUGAUGAAGAAGAUCACCAACGUAACUUCAUCCAUCACUCAUCGAGUCUAAUAAUAAGAUUUUCACCUCAGUAAAUUCAAACAGCUUGACAGAUAUCUUCAAGAUGAUGAUAAGAGUUUUCUUAAACCUUCACUCCUCCAGAGUCCCAACCAUUCUUAAUAAAAUUCAUAACACACUUAAAAUACAAAAACUCUGGAUGCCACUCACAUCAAGUUGUCAGAAUUAAGAGUUUAUUCAAAUGGAUAAUUACUUCAAUGA